AUGUCCUACUCCCCCGCUCCCCCCGGCGUGACGGAGCACACCGUCCUCGUCCUCGGCACUGGCGGCACGAUCGCAUCAGAGCCGACGUCGAAGGGCUAUGCUCCGAUCUCCGAGCCGUGGGCGCGCGACAUCUUCUUCAAGCGCAUCCGGCAGCACCCGCAGCUCUCCGAUGCUCCGGCGGCAGUGUUCGCAAAGCCCGUCGAGCCCAAGCGUGACUCGCACAACAAUGGCAGCCAUGACCUGCGGUACCCGAAGCUGCGCACGCCACCGCUGAACGAGAAGGACGACGUUGUCGUGUAUGAGAUCCUCGAUCUGGAGAACCACAUGGACUCAAGCGAGAUGACCCCCAAGGGUGAGUCUACCAUCUCCGUGCACAAAGUUCAGGCGAGACACGGCCUUGUCCGAAUCGCGGACCGUGCCUCGUUACGAGCCAUCGGGAUAUCCACCCAGGUCCACCCCCAAUGGUCAUCGACCAUGCACCAUCCGCGCAGCUGUGAUCCCUGCAGUGGAGAAGCUAACGUGACCAGACUGGAACAAGAUCGCUCAGCUCAUUUACCAGAACUGGAACGAGUACGAUGGCUUCGUUGUGCUUUCGGGCACCGAUACGCUGGCGUACACGUCCUCGAUCCUGAGCUUCCUCUUCGCCGAGGCUGGCAAGCCGAUUGUCGUGACAGGAGCGCAGAUCCCGCUGAGGGAGCCGCGCUCCGAUGGAUGGUACAACCUCCUCGAGAGUCUGCUUGUGGCCGGCACGCUGCCUUAUGCCGGUGUCGGUGUCGUCUUCUAUCAUCAGUUCCUGCAGGGAUGUCGCGCAACGAAGGCGUCUCCGAACCUGCUCGAUGCGUUCCAGACUCCGUCUGUGCCGCCAUGGAUCAGGCUGAACGUCAAGAUCUCAUGCCGAACUGCAAGGCGGUUAUCAUCUCCGCUUUCGGCUCGGGCAACAUGCCAGUGAAGGAGGAGACUGGUGUGCUGCAGGCUCUCGAGAACGCAGUCAAGCGCGAGCUCCUCGUUGUCGUUAUCAGUGCCUGUGAGUAA